UACAAUAUUAGUAAAAGAUGAGUAGUAAGGGGAGGAGCCAAAUAAGAUGAGAGGCUAUUGGCAAAGGUUCUUGCUUGGGAGCUUCCUUGAUCCCAUCUCUGCUUUGAUUAACAAUCCUUUUUAUUUUUCUUUUCGUUUUUUAUAAUUAAUUUAUUUCAUUUCCUCUGGCUCUGGCUUUCCCUCUCUUUCGACUUUUUUCUCUCUCUCCAGGUGCUCAUUGAUUGAUUCACCUGAAAUUAUCAGUUUCGUUGAACGGCAUUUUGAGGCUGAUUGUCUUGUUUCUCUGGCUCAAAGCAUAAGGAAAUUCAAAAAUUGUUGAUCGCGUCCUUGCUCAGAGAUAGCAUCCAAAUUGAAAGAGAAGAGUCAGAUCAUUGGAGAUGGCUAAUCAAGGUGGUUCGUCAAGGAAAAGUCUAUCCUUCUCUGGUCAUUCAUUUCAAGGGAAGAAGAAACCUUCUGAAAACAAUGAAGGAGGAAGCUCUGACCUCCCACGGAGAUCUCUCACUUCUUCUCGUUCUUCCAUCUUGAGUGGCGAAAGGAGUGGAGAGAGAACUGUAAAGCGACUUAGGUUGUGUAAGGCACUUACCGUACCCGAUAGCACAACUUUACAUGAAGCAUGUCGGAGGAUGGCUGCACGUCGUGUUGAUGCCUUACUGCUCACUAAUUCUAAUGCUUUACUUUGUGGGAUCCUUACAGACAGGGACAUAGCAACAAGAGUUAUUGCUAAAGAACUCAACCUUGAAGAAACUCCUGUUUCUAAAGUUAUGACCAAGAACCCUGUCUUUGUUUUGUCUAACACGAUCGCUGUGGAAGCUCUUCAGAAGAUGGUGCAAGGCAAGUUUAGACAUCUGCCAGUGGUAGAGAAUGGAGAAGUUAUUGCACUUCUUGAUAUAGCAAAGUGUUUAUACGAUGCAAUUGCUCGUAUGGAAAGAUCAGUUGAGAAGGGUAAGGCCAUCGCUGCAGCUGUUGAAGGUGUUGAAAAGAAUUGGGGGACAUCUAUCGCUGGUCCAAACACUUUUAUGGAAACACUUACAGAACGGAUAUUCAAGCCUUUGCUUUCGACUAUAAUUCCAGAUGAUACAAAAGUUUUAAAGGUUGGAUUGGAAGAGACGGUGUUAGCAGUAACCAUGAAGAUGGUGGAAUAUGAGUCUAGCUCAGCCAUGGUGAUGGCUGAGAACAAAUUAGUAGGGAUUCUCACUUCAAAGGACAUCUUAAUGCGGGUGAUUGCCCAAAAUCUUCCUCCAGAGACAACUGCUGUGGAGAAGGUUAUGACACAAAAUCCAGAGUCUGCAACUGUUGAUAUGGCAAUUGUUGAAGCUUUGCAUAUCAUGCAUAAUGGAAAAUUUCUUCAUCUUCCUGUUUUAGAUAAAGAGGGAGAUGUUGUCACUGUGAUUGAUGUAAUCCACAUAACUCAUGCUGCUGUUACCACGGCUGGAAGUACAGCUGGAAUAAAUAAUGAGACAGCAAACUCAAUGAUGCAAAACUUUUGGGAUGCCGCUAUGGCUUUGUCUCCUAACGAAGAUGGAGAUGAAACAACGAGGAGUGAAGACGAAUCAUCAAUUAAACUACCUUCGGAGAUAGAAGGAACAAAGUCAUUCUCAUAUCCCAACACAUUUACUUUCAAACUACAAGAUAAAAAGGGACGAAUGCAUAGGUUUAUGUGUGAGACACAUAGUUUGGCAACUCUGAUAACUGCAAUACUACAACGGAUGGGGGAUGACAUUGAGCCUGACAACUUGCCCCAGAUAAUGUAUGAAGAUGAAGACAAUGACAAAGUCAUUUUGGCAUCAGAUGGUGAUCUUGUAGCUGCCGUAGAGCACGCUAAAUCAAUAGACUGGAAGGGUUUGAAAUUGCACUUGGACUACGUGGAAGCGAGAGGGCAUAGGAGAGGUGUAAGCACAGAGGAUAUGGAGUACGAUAAAUCAAAAUCAUGGGCAGUCGCUUACAAGACAGUUGCUGCCGGGGCUGCUCUUGCCGCUGGACUUGGGGUUUUGGUAUACCUUAAGCGCCAUUCAAAUUAACUGAUUCAUUUUUUUUGGCGAGGUACAAAGGUGGAUGCUUUUGCCAACCAAUGCGUACGCAUAUGACUUGGGAAAGUAUUAACUAUUCUCAUUUAUUCGUGUCCUUUUUUUUUUUAUCUAGUUACUCAUUCUAUUUUUUUGGUUUUUUUUUUAACCUUGACACAUUUUUUUGUAUAUAAAUAAGUAAACGUUUAUUUGUAUUCACACUGAUGUUUUUAUAUUGGAUGAUUUGAGUGACGUUCAGAAGUUCAAUGAAGUUUUAUCUUUUUUU